AUGUCCCUUCUUGAUCAGUUUGUUAUGGAGGAUGUUGCAAAACACUGCCCCAAGGAGUUUAUGCUGUAUCAUAAGUGUAUUUCAACAAACCACGAGGAUCCUUCCCAAUGCGGCUUUCGAGAACGAGACCUUACGAAAUGCAUUCGCAGUAGGGUGCCCAGUGUUAAAGACAUUAUGAAAGAAUGCGGUGACAAGAUGAAGAAUUACGAGCAAUGUGUUCGUGACAAUAUGGAAUCGCGAACUAUUAAUGAGAAUUGUUUGGAUUUAUUAAAGGAAAUGCGUUUAUGUGCUGAGGGACAAGUCCGUGGUAAAACCAUGCCGAUCAAUCAACUGUGA